AUGAUGUCAAAGCUCAUGCAUGCCAAUCUUGCUAAGCUCCUCUGGUAUUGCCAGGAAGGAGACGAGUGGAUAUUAGUCUAUGAGUGGAUGGAGCGCCAGAGUUUGAAUCUCUACAUUUUUGGGGAAGAAAACGGAUUCCGUUCCUCACUGAAUUGGUCGCAAAGACUGGGAGUAAUUCAUGGGAUUGCCGUAGGCGUUAAAUUUCUUCACGCAGAAGGAUUCAUUCACAGGGAUCUAAAACCUGGCAAUAUACUUGUCAGUGACACGUGGCAUCCCAAGAUAGCGGACUUUGCCACCACGAAGCUGUUUAUCGAUGAGCAGACAAAUCCGACACUAGUACUGACGCCGGGACAUGUCGCUCCGGAGUAUUCAUCGGAAGGGGCCCUGACGUACAAGUGUGAUGUAUAUAGUUUUGAAGUCCUGUUGUUGGAGAUAGUCAGUGGAAAAAGGAGAACAAGCAUUCAAACUUUCCUUCUUCAUGUAAGUCUGCUCAUGACAAAACAUACUCCUCCCUUAUGCAUCCUCUUAAUUUCUUCCCACUGA